UACUCGUCCUUCUCACGAGCACAUUUUCACAUUUCUGGAGCCGAGUAAUUUUUCGUAUAAUGAAAACUUCAGAGUUUUCCUACGCUUGUAUUCUUUUUGCGGUGGGUUUUAUUUCUGCCACGUGGGGAACUGAUACCGAUGGCGUUUACAAAAUUGGCGUGGGCGUGGGCGAUAUUACAGGACCUCCGGCCGGUAUUGUUUUGAACGGUCACAUCAACCCUUUCACAUACGCGGCGGGAAUUCAUACGCGUCAAUAUGCCCGCGCCUUCGUCGUGGAAUCCAUCACUACGGGAAACGUGAUAACUUACGUAACUUGCGACAUGGGGAUGAUCGACCACUCAAUGAAGCCCGCUGUUGUGGCGAAACUCGCCGCAAAGUUCGGCUCCAAAUACAAUGAGAGCAACAUUUUGAUAAGCGGGACUCACACGCACAGCGGGGUUUCUGGCUUCAUGACGUAUUUCGCCUACUUGGUGAUCGAGUCGCAAAAAUUCAAUCCGAUUAGUUACUGGGCUGCGGUCGACGGGAUAGUUGACGCCAUCACGGCCGCCGAGCUUUCUUUGCAAGACGGUAAAAUCUUUUGGCAUCAAGGCGAACUCCUCGACACGAACAGAAAUCGGAGAAUGGAUCAGUACGAAAUGAAUCCACAAGAGGAGCGGGACGCUUAUCCAUAUUCCGUCGAUAAGGACAUGAUCAUCCUCAAAUUUGUCGAUCUGGCGGACAACCCGAUCGGACUGUUCGCCUGGUACCCGCUCCACCCACUCUCCUUCAACCAGCGGGAGGAUAACCCACUCGUUUGCUCGGAAUCCACGGGGUACGCUGCCGUCCUUUUCGAUGCUGCUCUUAAUCCGGCAGGAACAUUGCCGGGCAAAGGCAAAUUCGUGUCUGGUUUUGGCUCCACGAAUUUGGGCGACGUUGCCCCCGACAAUAAUGACCCAAUCAUAAGCCCAAGCCGAAUCGACCUCACGGACGAUAUGAGAAAGUUACGUAACAAUGGGAACAAACUAUUCAACAAGGCGACUCAAUUAUUCAACGAUAUCGCAAACCUUCAGCCAAUUUCCGGUCCGAUUGGAUCCGUUCAUCGUUAUGUGGACACGGAAACGAUUGAAGUUCAACGUUUCGACGAAUCAACGGGUCAAACACAGACCAUGUCGUUGUGCAAGGGUGCCCUCGGUUUCGGCUAUGUGGGUCUCGACCCGGAAGAAUUCCCAUUUCUUGAAACUAUCAGAGACCUCAUCAAAGCCCCUUCAGAAGAAAUGGUUCAAUGCCAAAGUCCUAAAAUUGUGGCCCUCGCCGCAGGAGAGAUGGACGACCCUUGGCAGUGGGCUCCAUCUAUCGUGGAGUUGCAGAAUCUCCAGCUUGGUUCUAUCUUCUUGGCCGGUGUUCCCGGGGAAUUCACCACAAUGGCGGGUCGUCGCGUUCGGAACGCUAUUUUCAACGCUACCGGGGACAAAGUCAUCGUAGCCGGGUUGUCGAACAACUACAUCAACUAUGUCGCAACACCGGAGGAGUACGAAUUUCAGGAGUAUGAAGCCGGUGCGACGGCAUACGGAAGAAACACGCUACCCGUGAUUACAACCCUUCUUCAAGAAAUGGCGGUAGCUUUGAAAGACGGAACCCCGGAGUCCAUCCCGAUUGGUGAUCCAGCCCCAAGUUUUCUUCAUCUGCUCCCUGACGACGUUAAACCUAGGGCGGAUCCCACUCCAACGAAUGGAGCUGAAUUUGGCGACGUUAUCAUCGAUGUUGGACCCACCUACACAGUCAUUACAGAGACCGAAGUACGUGCCGUUUUUUACGCCGGGUCCCCCAGAAAUUCGCCCAUGCGGAAGGGAACAUUUCUAACGGUUGAUAAACUUGAGGACGGAAGGUGGACCACGGUUAAAACGGAUGCUGACGUUGACACAGCGUUUUACUGGAAUCUUGUUAACCAUCAUGGUGAGAUUUCCUGGUUUGUGGACCCCUCCUUCCCUAAAGGAACGUAUCGACUUCGACACUUCGGUUACUACAGAAUUAUAGAGGACGGAAUUUCCAUCCCGUACAGUGGAACGUCAUCCCAAUUUAUUUUACUCUAAAUAAAAAUGGUAUAAAAUUGUUUCCUUUCAGUCCAAUGUUUCCACCUAAUUGCAAAAUUUAAAAAUUUACAUCAGCGUUGGUUAGAAUGUAUUGAAAUAAAAUUAUUCCUCUAGUAAGCGUUAAGUUGUGAAAUCGCA